UUCUCCCCACAGAUCUUCGAGACGGCCAAUCGGUACCACAUCCUGCACAGUUUGGUGCUGCUCAGCGUUCCCCGCUGCCGCCGGCCCGGAGUGGCCGGAGCGCUGCUGAGCGCGGGGAUGACGCUGUUUUGUGGUCCCUUCUAUUACUUCGCCGUCACCGGGGAUCCGUCGCUCAACCGCGCGGCUCCCGUGGGCGGAACGCUGCUCAUCCUCGGCUGGGCCGCCAUGGCGCUCUGAGCGGCGUCGCCCAUUUAAGACCGCGGCGUUUCCCAUUUAAGAACCGCCUCCUUUAAGACGGCGGCAUCGCCCUUUUAACAGCUGCGGCGUUGCCGCUUUAAGGUCCUGCCCCGCCGUUCCUAUUGGCUGAGCGCUCCGCCAAUCAGCGCGGAAAGCUCCGCAGCCAAUCGGUGCGUGGGGGCGUGGCUUCAUCGCGGCGUGCUGACGUCACCGCGCCGUUGCUGGGUGACAGCGAAUGGGGGGACGAGCACUCCGCUUUAUCCCCACCCCCUCGCCGUGAUUGGCUACGGGCGGCAGACGGGAGGGAAUGAAGAGCAGCCUCCGAUUGGCUGCAUCGUACCCCGCCCCCCGAAUGAAUCAACCAAUAAACGAUCGAUUUUCAGCAGCGCCCCGUGACGUCACAGGGGCGUGGCUUCCCAA